AUGAAGAAGACAAAGCACAAGAUCAUGGACUUCAGAGGAGCAAACAAUGGCCCCCUCCCCUGUACAUCGGAAAAGCAGCCGUAUGCUGCAGUUUCAGCCCGUCUCCUGAUACAAAGUGGAAAUAUUCCUCAGAAGCACAGCGACACAUUAUCAGGACUGGAUGUGAGGAUGGAGCAGACUUUGCUCUGUGUGAUGGAGCUACUGUUGAUCAGUUCACUCUUCCAUUGUGGGCAUGCUGAAGGACCUCAGCUUUCUGUGUCUCCAUCAUGGCUGAGUCCUGGAUCCUCGGUAACUCUGAGAUGUGAGAUUAAACCUCUGUCUGCAGGAUGGAGGUUCUACUGGUAUAAAGCUGUUCCUGAUCUGUUACACAAGAACUACAGUUAUGAUCUGCUGCCUGGUAGCACUGCUGGGACUGAACAUGAUUCCUACAUCAUCCACAAACAAACACACACAGCAGGAUAUGUGUGUAGAGCUGGAAGAGGAGACCCAGUAGAUUAUACUGAUUACAGUGAAGUAAAGUUUGUCUGGUCUGCAGGUUCUCAUCCAGCAGCAUCUCUCACAGUGAGUCCUGACAGAGAGCAACACUUCACUGUUGAUGAUAUCUCUCUGAACUGUGGAGGAAGCUCUGCUGAGUGGAGAGUGAUGAGGUUUACUGGAGGAGGUUUCCUUUCAGACUGCUCCUCCUGGGGGACGAUGACUGGAUCUAGAUGUAGCUUAAACAGUCGUCUGUACUGGAGAGGAGUGUACUGGUGUGAGUCUGGAUCAGGAGAGUUCAGUAAUGCAGUCAACAUCACUAGAGAAAGACCUGUCCUCUCUGUGUCUCCAUCAUGGCUGAGUCCUGGAUCCUCAGUAACUCUGAGAUGUGAGAUUAAACCUCCGUCUGCAGGAUGGAGGUUCUACUGGUAUAAAGUUGUUCCUGAUCGUUUAUACAACUUGUACAGUUAUAAUGUGCUGCCUGGUAGCACUGCUGGGACUGAACAUGAUUCCUACAUCAUUCAUGGACAAACACACACAACAGGAUAUGUGUGUAGAGCUGGAAGAGGAGACCCAGAGUAUCACACUGAUUACAGUCAACCAAAGUUUGUCUGGUCUGCAGAUGUUCAUCCAGCAGCGUCUCUCAAACUGAAUCCUGACAGAGUUCAACACUUCAGAUAUGACUCUGUUUCACUGAACUGUAGAGGAAACUCUGCUAAGUGGAUGGUGAGGAGGUUUACAGAAUUAGGUCAUCUGUCACGCUGCUCCUACUGGGGGACAAUGAUUGGAUCCUCAUGUAACAUGAACAUGAACUGGUACGACAGUGGAGUUUACUGGUGUGAGUCUGGAUCAGGAGAGUUCAGCAACACAGUCAACAUCACUGUACAGAAUGAUGAUGAUGAUGGCGUCAUCCUGGUGAGCCCCGUCCAUCCUGUGACUGAGGGAGCUUCUGUCAGUCUGAGCUGCAGACGGAGAGAACAAAACACACUUUCCAGUGUUUCUUUCUAUCACAAUGACAAACUUCUCCAACAUGAUGGCAGAGAGGAGCUGAACAUCUCUGCAGUGUCACAGUCAGACGAAGGUUUCUACAAGUGUCAACAUGCAGGAAAGACGUCACAACAGAGCUGGAUGUCAGUUACAGCCGCUGUGUCCAGACCUGAAAACUCUUCAUUUCCUCUGCUGCUGAUCGUUGGACCAGUUGCUGGAAUCGUGUUUAUUUUACUGAUCUUACUUUGUUGGUACAGAAGGUCUAAAGGUUUUUCCACAGAGCAGACGGUCAACCAGUGUGAAAAUCAGCAGCAAGUUUACUCCUCUCUCCUCCACGGAGACAUUUCUGUCUAUGAAAGAAUCAGACGCAAUGAAAACUCUCCAGAUGGUCAACAAGAAGACGAUUACGCUGUCAUAUCCCUGACUUAGCUUGAAAAUGUCGACAAGAGGACGAGGUCUUCAACAGAGCAACAGAAGCUCAGAGGAAACUCUGCUCUCAUGGUUUGUUAGCAGAGCUGAAAAAAUUCAC